AUGGCUAUCAGACUACCAUCAGACGUCGAGCGUCUCCUCGACCAAUCUCUCCGCCACAACUUCGACAACAGCAAAAUCCUCGCCUACAAACUCCAAGACGUGCAAGACAACCAAGUCCAAGAACUCUGCAGCCUCGCGACCGAGAGCUACGCCAAGGAAGCCCUAGGCUGGCCCCGUGGAAGACUCGAAAAGCCGGAAAUCUUUCAGAUCGUCGAAAAUCAAGAAUUCAAAGACGUCGAUGCCUGUCUACAAGAUUUCGUUCAGCGAUUGCGGGCUCUGCUGGAAGAUAGUCCUCCCUACGAGUUCCCGAUCUGGAGCCGGGCUUUUGUUGUUGCGGAGAAGGCUGGGCUCCCGGAGAGGUGUACUGUGGUGCUUUUGCAUAAGAAGCCUGAUGAAGGGCAGUGGAAGGUUGAUUGUGUUGGGUGCCCCGUUGAGGUGGAGUUGGGGAUGACGGUUACGAGUUUGACGAUGCAGGAUGAGACAGAGGAGGAUGUCGUUGAAAGGCUUGGGGGAUAG